GUUUAAAUUCCCUGCAGACCCGGAAGUGCAAUCGAACUUGGUCGGGGCGCGGAUCUUGAGAGAGAAAGUCCGAGCCAGGGCGCAAGGGAGUUCGCCCAGAGAUCUGGAAGGCCACGCCUCCUCGCACCUACCCUCUCAGCAUUGCAGCUGGGGACAGAGCUCAGACUGUCUUCUGAAGAUCGAUGUCUAUUUCCUUGAGCUCUUUAAUUUUCUUGACAAUUUGGAUAAACAUGGCACAAAUCCAGCAGGGAGGUUCAAAUGAAAAAGAACAGACUACAGCAUUGAAAGAUUUGCUGUCUAGGAUCGAUUUGGAUGAACUCAUGAAAAAGGACGAACCACCUUUUGAUUUUCCAGAUACACUGGAAGGCUUUGAAUAUGCUUUUAAUGAAAAGGGGCAGUUAAGACACAUAAAAACUGGGGAACCAUUUGUUUUUAACUACCGAGAAGACUUACACAGGUGGAACCAGAAAAGAUAUGAAGCUCUGGGCGAGAUCAUCACAAGAUAUGUUUAUGAGCUCCUGGAAAGUGACUGUAAUUUGAAAAAAAUCUCUAUUCCAGUAGAUGCUACUGAGAGUGAACCAAAGAGUUUUAUCUUUAUGAGUGAGGAUGCUUUGACAAAUCCACAGAAACUGAUGGUUUUAAUUCAUGGUAGUGGUGUUGUCAGGGCAGGUCAGUGGGCUAGAAGGCUUAUUAUUAAUGAAGAUCUGGACAGUGGCACACAGAUACCUUUUAUUAAGAGAGCUAUGGAUGAAGGGUAUGGAGUCAUAGUCCUGAACCCAAAUGAAAACUAUAUAGAAGUGGAAAAGCAGAAAAUGCAUAAACAGUCAUCUUCUGAUGGUACAGAUGAGCCAGCAGGGAAGCGGGAAAGGAGAGAUAAGAUCUCCAAGGAAACAAGGAAGCGUCGUGAUUUCUAUGAGAAGUACCGCAACCCUCAAAAGGAGAAAGAAAUGAUGCAGCUGUUUAUCAGGGAAAAUGGUUCUCCUGAAGAGCAUGCGGUCUAUGUGUGGGACCAUUUCAUAGCCCAGGCUGCUGCUGAGAAUGUGUUCUUUGUGGCUCAUAGUUAUGGAGGACUCGCUUUUGUUGAACUGAUGAUUCAACGAGAAGCAGAUGUAAAAAGUAAGGUGACUGCUGUGGCAUUGACAGACUCUGUUCACAAUGUGUGGCAUCAAGAAGCUGGCAAAACCAUCCGAGAAUGGAUGAGAGAGAACUGUUGUAACUGGGUCUCCAGCUCAGAACCAUUAGAUACAUCGGUGGAGUCCAUGCUGCCUGACUGUCCCAGAGUGUCUGCAGGCACCGACCGUCACGAGCUCACUUCCUGGAAGAGCUUCCCGUCUAUCUUCAAGUUCUUCGCGGAAGCCUCGGAGGCCAAGAGCAGCUCGCAGAAGCCGGCCCUGACGCGGCGCUCGCACCGGAUCAAGCACGAGGAGCUGUGAGCGCGCCGCCGCCCGCACGCCGCCCGUAGCCUCCCGGCCCCCAUUAGAUUGCUUUCUUUCUCCAGUGCAGGGUCGUGAUGUGUCCGUCUAAAUAGCGUUUUGCAUUAUUUCUAGAUGAGUGCAACUGUCAAAGCAAUAUGGCUUCAGCGGCCGAGUUGCCUGCGGCUGAGCCGGGCCUCGCGCUGCGGGCCCGGGCGACCUAGGCUGACAGCGCCCGGAGUGCCAGCGCCCAGCGCUCCUAAUUGCCCGGCUGAUCUGCGGGCGCGGCUGGACGAGCGGCGUCUGCGCGGUCCUACCGCCCGCUGCAGCGCGACUGCCGCUGCCCAGCCUCAAUUGUGCCCAUUUUUAAUCCCCUUUAAACCCAGCAAGCUUUUCUGCUAAACCUCAAACUUGAUUUUAACCAGGUUUUUUCCUCGAGUCAUCUUAUGAGCCCGUCUUUUACACAAAGCCACACAGUCGAGUCCUAAAAAUGCCAACUUUAAAUUCAGAACAUGAUGGACUAUGUAGUUUGGAGAGUACAAUUUCUCUCUCCCUAUAACGACUUAUUUUCACUUCAAACCCCACCCCAAAAAAAAAAAAAAACUUUACAUGAAGUACUGAAUCCGAAUCCUCAUUUCUGCCAGUUGAACUCCAGUCUUUAUGUCUCUGAUUUCAGGAGAGAAUGUCGAAAAGAAAAUAUAAACAUCUUUUAGAUGUAGGUAUAAGUCUCCAUGUUCAGUGAAUUUUCCAAUUACUUAUAAGAACUGACCUUACUAUUAAAAUAUAUAACACGAUGUGUGCGCCAGUGCAGAGUGGUGGUGGUAGCUGUUGAUCAUUACAAAAUGUACUUUCACCUUUCUUGUACCCUGUGAGAUGCAGGACUUUUUUACUAUCAUCAAGAAAAUAAAACUACAUACCCUCUUUCUUCCAAAAGUCCAAGUAGGGUUAAUGUGCUUCAGUUUUCAUCUGCAGUAGGAAAAGAGAGGCAUAGUGUGAAUGGGUUUCUCUUUCGGGGCCAAAAUGUUUACUGUUCUCUUCCUGUGAUAGGGCACUGCCCUGUAAUUCCAACAGUUAGGCCAACGCAGAAGAUAAAAUAAGUUGACAUUUUACUGGCUUUUGAAUUAAAGCAUUAAACAUUAACUACUUGAAAAUUUUAAUUAGUGAAGGUUAUAUCCAGUGGGUGAGAUUGUGAUUUAAUACAUCCAUCCUUUUUAAAGUGAAUGCAAUAAGUAAUUUGUCUACCUUGUUUGAGACCUUGAGACAGUAGAAGCAAAAUGAGUCUGAGUUACUAAUGACAGGGAAGAAAACCUGAGCUCAACCACCUCAUGAGGAAUAUUCUCAUCUCAUGAACUGAUUUUAGCAAGUUUUAAACUGGUAACAUGUCAUGCUCUUUGCACAUGCAUACAUUCAGUAAUUCUGUAGGGAUAGUAAAGUCCUCAGUGGCCAUAGCUGGGCAUCUCCUGACAUUACUUAGGCAGAAGUACCUUAGGAAAAAUCAAAAUGGGGCUUUCUCCAGCUUUUGGGCAGUUUGAAAUAUGUUACUCCAACAGUGUCAAGCGCAUUGGACUGUCAUAGUGGCCCUUUACAUUUCUGUUUUUAGAAGAAUUGGUGAACUCUGUGAAAAUAAUAAUAUCUUUCCAGUUACUGGGCUUGAAACACUGGUGUGCAUUGGUUAUAUUUUACCAAAUGCUAUAAAUUGUCUGGUGUCUUCAGUAUGUGAAAAUGUUCACAAGAAAGUGAGUUUGCAACAUCAAGAGGUUGGAAAAACCUAUGCAGUGCUAAAUUUGCUAAACUUCUGCAGCUAAAUUAAAGCAAAUUUAAAGUGCUCAGCUUAUGAACCAAACAAAAGUAUCCUGUUCCUUCCCUCCGGGUUCCUCUCUGCAAUUCUUAAACCUUAUUUAGAGAAAGACUCUGUUUCCUUGGGAUGAGUACUUUACUGUCACUGAAUUGUAACCUUGUCUUCUGUCUAGUAGAGAGCUAUUUACAAAGUACAUUUUGUAAAGGUCUGUUCUUGUGGAUCUGUGCUAUAGCAACCCAGAGGGAGCCAGGCACAGCACUCCAGAUCACCAGCUGAUGAGUGACGAAUGAUUCCUUACAGUGCAGGAUUUUGUGACCUGUUGAUUGGGUUGCUGUUGGUAUAUGUGUAAGGAUGUUAUUCACCUCAGCUUUCUUGGGAUAACAACAAGCACUUGGCAGUACCCUGCCUACGGGGAGGCCAGGGUUAAUAUUUCUCAUCUGGCCUUCUCCCUAUUUUUAUUCUAGGCACACAGUGGUAGAAAGGUAAGGUGUGAGCUUUUUUAAAAAUAAAUCUUAUACUUAGUUCUUAAAGUAAAUAGAUGGAGAGAGACAUAAAUUGGAAAUUCAAAAUAGUCUGAUUCUAGCUUUGGAGCUUUUUCGGGUACCUAACACACAGUCCUUGGAAGUCAUUGUGGAUGUUCGCUAGACCAUCUAGUUGUAAUAAUUGUUCUUUUCUCACAGUUCUGCCUUGUGCUUCCUGAAAUGCACUAUUGUUUGUUUAUAUGUCAAAAAUAAUAAAGUAUGAACCUCCUGUAAUCUUGUUUACCAUUUUAAAAUAAAAUUUUUCCAGCAAAGCAA